AUGACUACCCAGAAGAUCGUCCUCGAGGGCCCAGGACCAUGGGGCUUCCGCCUCGUGGGGGGCAAGGACUUCGAGCAGCCGCUCGCCAUUUCCCGGGUAAGACCAGCCUGGGACGCGCGCGAGAGCGGGGCGCUCCCGGGCAAGGGGCAAGGUGCCCCGGAGUCUUGGGGGCGGCUGGGCUCCCUCGGGCGCCGUCGGGGACGCUGGCUGCGGCUGCCUCUGCACCGAGCUGAGACCCGGCGGCGCGGCCAGGAAGUCCUACACAUAGGAAGUGCCCACAACCGAAGCGCCAUGCCCUUUACUGCCUCGCCUGCCUCCAGCACAUCCCCCAGGGUUAUCACCAACCAGUACAACAACCCUGUUGGCCUCUACUCUUCCGAAAACAUCUCCAACUUCAACAGUGCCUUGGAAUCGAAGACAGUAGCCAGCGGGGAGGAGAUGAAUGGCAGACCCUUAGAGCAUUCUCAGCUUCCAAGUGGCCUCGUCAUCGACAAAGAAUCUGAAGUUUACAAGAUGCUUCAGGAGAAACAGGAGUUAAAUGAACCUCCGAAACAGUCCACGUCAUUCCUGGUUUUGCAGGAAAUUCUGGAGUCGGAGGAGAAAGGGGAUCCCAACAAGCCUUCAGGAUUCAGAAGUGUUAAGGCUCCGGUUACCAAAGUGGCUGCAUCGAUUGGAAAUGCACAGAAGUUGCCCAUGUGUGACAAAUGUGGCACUGGCAUUGUAGGCGUGUUUGUGAAGCUGCGGGACCGGCAGCGCCACCCUGAGUGUUACGUGUGCACCGACUGUGGUACCAACCUGAAACAGAAGGGCCAUUUCUUUGUGGAGGAUCAAAUCUACUGUGAAAAGCAUGCCCGCGAGCGGGUCACGCCGCCUGAGGGCUACGACGUGGUCACUGUCUUCCCCAAGUGA